AUCGGUAUGCAGCUGCAGUGUUUGAUUCUGAAUUGAAGAGUUGACAAUGGGGACGCGCAGUGUUCAGACAGCGCUUUCGCUCGCUUUGAUUUUACUUGUGCAGCUCCACGGCGGUUUCGGAUGGAGCUGGUCGGAUCAGCCGGUUUAUAACCCAGUGCUGUUUACCGCGCCGAGAGCGGUAUUUCAGGCGAAGCCCACCCCUCUCUCCGUGCAGAGAGCUGACCUGUCGCUGUUGAAUCCGGUCACUCUGGACUGCAGGAAAGACGCCAUGGUCGUGACUGUGAACCGGGACUUGUUUGGGAUCGGCUACCUGGUGAACAGCGCCGACUUGAGCGUCGAGUCCGCGGGCUGCUCGGCUGCCUUCUCAGACAGCGUCGCUAACACGGUUUUGUUCAGCAUCCAGCUCCAGGACUGCGGCAGUACUUUCCAGGAGGUGGAAUGUCAGCAGCAGCCCCAUAAAACCAACCUGGGUGCCCUUCACUUCAACAGCCUCUACAGAGCAAAUCCUGGACUUCUCCUUGCUGCUCAUGAAUGAUAACUGGAGUGGUCCCAUAGUCUCCAAUGUCAUCUACCUGGGUGACCUCCUUCACGUCGAGGCUUCUGUUGCCGUCGACAACCACAUGCCGCUGCGGCUCUACGUCGACAGCUGCAUCGCAACCAUGAGCAACAACAAGGACUCUGAGCCCAGAUACGCCGUCGUGGACAAGCUUGGCUGCCUGAUGGAUAGCAAGUUUCCAGACUCCUCUUCAUUCACUAGACCUGCUCUGAACAAGCUACGCUUUGACAUCACUGCUUUCAAGUUCCAAGGGGAUUCCAGGAGCAUGAUCUACAUGACUUGCACACUGAGGGCAGUCAAUGCUGACAAACCAGCUGAUGCCUCCAACAAGGCCUGCUCCUACCAGAAGCAAACCUACAGGUGGGUCUCUGAGGACAGCUCCUCUGCAGUGUGUGGGUGUUGUGACGCUGGCUCCUGCUCUGGGACACCCCGGUUCCUCACAGGCCCUCUUCCUCCCAGGCAGGGAAGGAGCUACAGGAUUCCUGCCGAGAUCAACCAGCCCAACUGGAGCGGAAAAUGGCUUCAGAAAAGAGCGGCUCCUCUUGAUCCAGCUGGCCAGGACCCCCGAGUGCAUGUAAAGGAGAUCACCAUCGGCCCCCUGACCGUAGUUCAUGUAGUCAGAGACCAUGCUGUCAUGCUCAGUAAGGAGUCCCUGUACCACCCCCUGCAGCUUGUGGAAGAAAUGCAGGACUCGGGCUCCUCUGUCCCUGCUCUGGCUCUCUCCUGUGCUGUCCUGUUGGCUGUGUUCCUGAAGAGGCGCUCCCAGUCUAGUGACAAACUGCUCGCUGUGUCUUCAUGA